AAAUGUACCAGCGGAACUCGUGACAAAUGUAUGUAAUACACGGAACAAAAAUACUGUCGAACCGUUUCAGCGGUCCUUCCCUUAAACCUUUCCCCCAUGCGUCACACGUGUGAAAGAUAGAUUUUCAUAUAUCAGCCGAUAUGCCGAAGGCCGCGAAAGGAAAGGGACAGGUGGAGAAAAAGGUUAUUCACCCAUACAGCAGGAAAGCUGGAUAUAUGGCAAGAGCUGCCAUCAAACAAGAGAGGAAAGAAAAGUUAAAGGGUGAGAAGGCACGGCGUUUAAAUUUGAUUGGUGAAAAACUUUUGUGGUUCCAAAGCCAGCUGGAUGCUGACAAGUCAGAAUACACCAAACAUGAUGCUUGUGAAAUAAUUGAGAGGUACCUUCACCGGUUUGAUGGAGAGCUGGAGCAGAUUGAGUUAGCAAACAGUAUUAAAGGACGACAGGGUCGUCAGCAUGGCUCUAGAGAAGCUAUCAUCAAGCAAACAGUAGAGCGAGAGAGAGCUCUGUAUGAAGGCAGUGGCUUUGAAAUCCCUGACAUUAUCAACUCUAAGCAUCUGAAAAUAUUCAGAGAGUGGAACGGUGACCUCAAGAAACUUCCCAACAUUAAGUGGAGAAAGGUUUCAGCCAAAGGCUCUGAUAGCACACCCUCUGCAGUUUCACAAGAUAAACACAUGGAGGAGGAAAAUGAGGAAGAUGAAUCUCUGAAUUCUGAUACUGACCUAUAAUACUGUGAAAUCCUGCAGCUUUAAUACAGUACAGAUUACUGUAGAGGAAUGGACAACACGCUGUGUAUUAAGGACAGAAAGAGCAAGACAUUUGUGCUGCUAGUGCUUUUUACUAGUAGCCAUAGUGUACUGGGUCUCUUGCAAAAAUGUCUUGUUUUGAAGAAGGGAGUUACUCGAAUAACACAGUACUAUUAAUACAUAAAUAAACAGAGACUUUGAAACAG